UUUACGUGGAUAUCCCGUUCGGUUGUAAGCAGUAGAGUCCGCGUGAUUAUCGCGAAAAGUCAAAAUAAUCGUGGUUCGGGACAUUCCUGUAUUUUCGAAAUGCGUUAAGAAAGUGUAAUUACUACUGUCAAUUUGACGAAGAUUUGUUGCACUUGUCAACUGGCAACACCAUGACAUCGACAAAGUCUAAGGAGAUAGCUGAUGAGUAUAUCUCAUCAUUGUCUGAUUUGACCAUCAAUAGCAAGCCAUUGAUCAAUAUGCUUACUAUGCUGGCAGAGGACAACAUUGAACAUGCACCUGCAAUUGUUCAAGCGGUCGAGAAUCAUCUGCAAAAGGUGAGAAGUGACAUCAAAUUACCUGUUCUGUAUUUGAUUGAUUCAAUUGUGAAGAAUGUAAAUGGGGCAUAUUUAAAUCUCUUCACACAAAACAUUGUAAAUACUUUCUGUGGAGUGUUUGAAAAGGUGGAUGAGAACACAAGAGCUAGUAUGUGGAAGUUAAGGCAAACGUGGAACGAUGUAUUCCCAGCAAAGAAGCUAUUUUCUUUGGAUGUCCGGGUGCAAAGUAUUGAUCCUGCCUGGCCAAUCACUGCCUCUCCUACUAGUGUUUCUUCAGGAUCUAUUCACGUCAAUCCCCGAUUUUUCUCAAUGCCACAACAGUCGACAACGACAAUUGCGGCACAACCAAUAGUAACGCCCGUUAAACUGCCUCCGGGUGAUCCUGUGACACCAACAGAAGCAGCGAUGCGGGAGCAAUUACUAAAGAAACAGCGGGAAUUAUUAGAAUUACAAAAGAAAAAAAUUGAAUUAGAAUUACUUCAGGCUAAGGCGAACUUAGAGCAACAGCAACGGCAAUUAGACAAGCAAGCUGGAAACUUGAAAGUGGAAUUACCUGCAGUUACGACACACGUUACAUCAAGCGUGGACACAGCAGUACAAGGAAAAUCUGUUGCACCUACAGUGCCAACUCAAGUACCAAAACCAGUAACAAAACAGUUUCCAGCAGCGACUGCUUCGCUUCUAAAAAAUGCGGGAUCGAACAAUGGUCCGCGAAUCGCGCCGGCUAGUAGUAUAGCAGUGGCAUCGGCUAAGCCUGUGUCUCGUGAUCCAAGAUUGAAGACGACACCAGCUCAAGAUGUAGCAGUUUCAAGCGUGGAUCCUCGGCAGCGAAUAAGUACACCAACACAAAAGGAUACGCGGGGUGAUGGCCAAACGCAGCUAGCGGCAAAUACAAACACUGUACUUUCAGAUCAAUUAAAACAGCAGUUACUUUCGAAACAGGCUGUGACUAGCACUAUCAACAAGUCUCCGACAAAUCUUGCCGGCUCCGAUACUGCGACGAUAAACGCUAGUAAUAACAAUAAUGCUAAUACGAACCUCAACAAUAAUAAUAAUAACAAUAAAAAUUUCAGUGGUAACGCAAAUAAAGAUGCUGUAUCGCAUCGAACAAGUCAAAAGAAAGACCCUCGAUUGUCUAGUAAUAGUAGUGGUAACCUAAACAGUAAUAGCUCCAAAGGUUCUCAAAGUCUAUCUAUGGGUAGUAAUAGUUCUAUAACGUUAUCAGCGAGCAACAGAGGAAGUGGUAGUAACGAUUCGAAGUCGAAGGAUACGAAGAGCUCGAACUCACGAGGUUCUUCGUCGUCGACGAUCGACAAAUCUUCCACUUCCUCGAAAUCCUCGCAUAGGAAGAUAGUUAACAAGUCGCGAUCUAAGCAACCUCAAACAUCUCCGAGUAAGAUACCGAAAAUCGACAGAGACGUGAGUCCUGUUAGGUCAAAAUCUCGUGAAAAAGACAGUGGAGACAGUUCACCAUCCUCGCGUACCUCUCCCCAAUCCUUUCAAACCUCGAAAAAUCGAAAGAAGAAUACGAAAUCGAGAAAGCGCAGUCCAAGCCCUCCAUAUAGAAUUCCCAGGCGUAACGAUACAAAGUCCAAUUCAAGUCUAAGCAGUUCCGGCGGUGUCACUGAGGAGGAGCAAUCUGGUUCGCUGAUAGUCUCUCCUCCUCAUCCGCCCGCGUUCAAAGAAAUUCGUCCAAACGCUAGACAGAGAAAUUACGUAAGGCGAAACAAGGACGGCAGUCUUAGCCCCGAGCGAUCUCCAGCGAAUGCUGGAAACGCUCAGAGUACCGUGGAACCCACUUUGGAGUCAUCCAGCAAAGACGAAGACUUGAGAGCAACGCUACCUCUUCCAGGUGCAACUGCUUCUGUACCAGAAAAGAAAGAAGACUUAGAUUUACGUGUAUUGCCACCGCCAGUUAAUACCAACAAACGGCAAAGUUCGGAACACAUCGAAUCAGCUAUAACUAAGAAAACGAAAACCGAGAAAUUUGAUGCAUUAUUUGGAAAUGAAGAUGUUGAUCUGCGAACGCUAACUCAUCCUAAAGCUGGACGGCCGCCGACACCUCCUCCGCCUGUAAUUUCAGGUGAAGAUGGCAAAGACGGUUGGGCAAAGUUAAAAACACCGUCGAAGAAUGAUAGAGAGAAACAAGCAAAUAAUACCGAUGAUAAAAGGGAUAGUAGAGACCGCAACAGAGACAGAUUGGGUAGGCUCAGACUUUAUAAUAAGCUUCCUGACGAUCCGAAAGAAAGGAGAAGGACACUAUCAACUGAUGAUCAAGAUAACAGACCAGGCAGAAGAGGACGAGAGAAUGAUAAGCCUGAACGAAAUGAAGAUAGAAAUAUCGAAAUAAUAAUGAAACAGGCCGCCGAACAAUUGAAUCAAGGUUCCAUUACUAAAACCCAAUACAAUACUUUGAUUCAAGAGGUUCUACACAUGAGUGAAGACCGGAAGUUAAGAGCCGCACAACGAAAAGAAAAGGAAGUAGGCUCGAUUGUUUGGGAAAAAGGUGUAAACUUGGAUAUAACUGGUUCAGGUGAUCGUACAUCGACCUUCAGUCCUUCGAGCGAUAAAGAAGUCAUGAGGAGUAAAGAUCAUCCAAUUUCAAGAAAUCCAAAUGGUCCAAGGUGGCAAAACCAGCCAUGGCAACAACCAGGACCAUGGGCUCAUCCGCCAGGACCACCGUACGGUCCCCAAGGACAUUUUAACUCGGAUUUCAGACCUGUUGGUCCGUGGCAGAAUCCAAGACAUUUUGGGCCAAUGCGUCCAGAUUAUCAAUAUCACGGUGGUUUUAACCAUAAUCUUGGUCCGAAUCCCCGUUUGGGACCUGGAAUGAUGGGACCUAUGGGACCCAACGGGCCUCUCAUGUCGAGUCUUCUAUCUAACGGUCCAAUCGCACCAAUCGGCUUGCCUAAUCCGCCCAUAUCAUUAUCAGGGAUAAGUGGACCUGGAAUGAUGAUGAAUAAUGGACCAAUAUCGAAUCUUAUGUCGAAUCCAAAUAUACCUCCCUUAUCCACGAGGAAUGUAUCGCCGAAUUCAUCCUCGAAAUAUGAUCUUGAAGACGGCGAUCAGAAUUAUUCGAAUAGUAUGACGAAGAACUCGAAUCCUCAUAGCCGUGAAUUAUCACCGCCAGAUUCGAAAUUGUUAGAUGAAAUUGCGAGAGACACUAUGAAGUCUAUAAACAUUGAUAAUAUACCACGUGAAAUUCGAUACUAUGGACAAACCGGAGUAGUUUUCAUGAACUGGGACGAUCCAAGGGAAAUCGGUUUCCAAGACGGUAUAAGACGGAUUUUAAUCGAUGACAAAGAUACUAUAACUUGCGCAUUUAAUGAUCAAUACAAAGAAUUUAUGUACGAAGGUGAAGUUCAUAGAAUUAAAUUAGGCGCGCCUACUAGAGAAUUGUAUGUUGAUGAUCGAUGGUAUGAAUGUUAUUUCGGUGGUAUGCCAGUAACGAUAGAUCUUGGGGGCAAGAAAGUCAGUGUUAAGCUUGAAGGACCUCCGCCCCAAGUCAAAAUUGGUACUGUUAAGAGAACAGACUUAGUUGUCGCGAAAAUUAACCUUAUCAUUAAUGCCAGAAACAUGGUUCCCGUCUUUUUGGACGCGAAGCCACAAAUAUUCGAAAUUGAAGGAAAACCACAUACGCUUGAGUUUAUAGAUUCGUUGCAAACAGUACUUUUAAAUGGACGUCCAUUCAAAGUCGAGUUUGGAGGAUUGCCUAAACCAAUAAUUGUUAGGGAUAAGAAACACUUUAUAAGAUUUUCGGUAUUGCCAAGAGGAGUUCGGCCAGGCUACGUUAAAAUUGCUGGUAUGAGAGGCGAGGAACCAAUUGAAUCGCCACCUACCCCGCCUCUCUUGACGCAAAAACCAAAAGUGGAUACAACUACUGCACCAGCACAGUUCUCAUCUGUUGAACCGGAAUCAACCUCGCAGGAUGCAUCUGAUCUUCGAUCUACUCCUAAACCGGAUUUACAAUUGGAUAUGUUGUCGUCAGUGUUACCAUCUGCAAUGGCGCCAGCAUCUGGUUUAUCGUAUCAAGCAGAGCCAGCAGAAAAUCCACCUCCAGCAGCUCCAGCAUUAUCGUUACCAUUGAACAUGAACGAGUUGUUCCAGAGACUCGUCGAGACUGGGAUUGUGCCGAAUUUGACGGAACAAAAGAAACCAGAGGAAGAAGAAAAAAAGGAACCGGAAAUAAUCCCUGUUUCAUUUGAUAAGCCAGAGACGUUAAAAGUUAAACAACCGGCUAUCGCGACAGCAUUGUACAGUGGUAUGCAGUGUAGUUCCUGUGGUGCUAGAUUUGCGCCCGAAUUGGCAACUCGGUACAGCCAUCAUUUGGAUUGGCAUUUCAGACAGAAUAGGCGGGAAAGAGAUUCCGCGAGAAAGGCACAUUCGCGGCCCUGGUAUUAUGAUGUUAGCGAUUGGAUACAAUUCGAGGAAAUCGAAGAUUUGGAAGACCGAGCACAAAGUUGGUUUGAGACGGAAAAGCAAACUGCAGAUACAGAAGGUAUCGCUGCAGAAGAUUCUCCGCAAGAAGCGUUGCAACCUAGCGUUCCUACUGGAUCCAACGAGGAUUCUAGAUGUCAAGUGUGCCAUGAUGCAUUUGAACAAUUUUACAACGAAGAGAAGGAGGAAUGGCAUUUAAGACCGGCAAUUAAUUUCGAAGGAAAGAAUUACCAUCCUCUGUGUCUAGACGAUUACAAGAGAGCUUUGGAAAAAUCUGCGUUAGCCCUCGAAGAAACGAUUGAAGAGAUGGAGGAGGAUAAGAAGGAGGGUUCCGAUGAAACGUUUACAGAAGAAAAUAAGACCAACGAAUUAAGUAUGGAAACGUUAAAUUCCGAAAUGGAAACAACUGAAGCGUCCGACGAAAUAAUGGAGGAUAACGCUCAGAAAGAAUCUGUUGCAACCGACCAGAAACAAGAAGACGAAGCUAUGGUUGUAGAUAGUGCGGAUACUGAGCAGAAUGAUAUAGUAGAAGUUCAAGAAUCGCAACAAAAGAAUGAGGAAUCUAUUGAUAUUGAAACUGCGGAGAAUGAGGUCGCAUCUGCUGCCAUUGAAGCGGAUGUAUGCGACACAGAAAUUGUAGAUAAAUCUUUUGAAAAUAUUAAAAUUAAAGAAGAACCAAUUGACGAACCCGAAGAGCAAUUGGAAGAAGGGCAAUUUGAUUUUACGAACGUAGAAGUAAAAGAAGAACCUGUUGAUCCGGAACCAGACCCCGAAGAGAGCAUAAUUGCUGAACCCGCAUCGGUCGAUACAACGUAUGCUGCUGUGAAAAGUUCUAUAGAUGGAAACGUAGAAUUGGAUUCUACACCUGCAGCGAUUCCAGCGGCGCCGUCACGAAUUAAGAUUAACAUUACGAAACCGUUGUGCAUCAACAAAGAACCGGAAGAAUCGAAAGAGAAAGAAAAACCUGUAGCCGAGACACCUGUUGAAGAAGUAAAAGAACCUUUGGUGCCGGCUUCUAUCAAACCUGCUUUGCAAGGUAGAAAAUUGUCCAAUUUACCACCUGUGGAAAGAGGGCAAGAGUUGUCAGGACUCUGCUCGAUCAUGUAAAUAGUACCUGUAAUAUACAUAUUUGAGAUGCGUCUGCGUGC